UACACUUGUUUGAUCCUCUUGGCAUUUUUAUGGAUAGUCAAAUUUCUAGGAUUCAUUCGAGAAAGGAUAAUGGAAGUCGCCAGGAAGCUGCUGCUGACAACAGUGAGUUUGAACGAUUCUCUCAGAAAUUUCACCAUCACCGUGUUCUGAUUGUUUGAUUAUUCAGCCUUCUCUGGUAUUUGAGCUGCCGAAGUCAAUGUAUUGGGGUCAAUAGUUAAGAGCACUUCAGUCAACAAGCAGGUUUGGAUUCGUGAACCUAGUCUCUGGAUUCAGUUGUUUUUCCGGCAAAUUUUCCGAUAUUGCACCGUAAUGGGCGGUCAGAUGAGCCGCGCUUGUAGAAGCAGUAGUAUGCGUCCAUGGCGGCAGCCGUCGAGGGAACCGCCGUCUAGGUCUUCGUCAAACCCUAGCUCCAAUUCUAGGUCACAGUCGGACGGAUCGACCAAUUCAGAUCUGAGUUCAUACGUAGAGGCGUGCCGCUCCGAUCCAGAUCUACGGAGCUUCGACUCCAGCCUCCAAGCGCGGACGAGUCGAGCAAUCAAUUCCAUAGCCGUCGGCCUCGAUGCACGGUCGCUGCCGCUCGAGUCGCUCAGCCAAGUUACGGAGUUCAUGCUCGAAACGAAUCAGGAAGUCGUCAAAAUCAUUCUCCGGAACAAAAACGACAUUUGGAAAAGCAAGGAACUCUCCGAUCUAGUCGACGAUUACUUCGACAACAGCCUCGCAACUCUCGAUUUCUGCACGGCGCUCGACGCGUGCCUGAAACGCGCCGGCCGCAUCGAGUCGAUCAUCAAUGUAGCUCUGCGGAAAUUCGAAGAAGAGCACAACGCCGCUGUCGGAGAAGGAUCGGCGAAGGAUUAUUCCAGAACGCUCGCGGAAUUAAGAAAUUUCCAAACAGCUGGGGAUCCAUUCACAUCCGAAUUCCUUAACGUAUUCAAUUCUGUUUAUUCACAGCAGCGGUUGAUGCUGGAGAGGCUCCAGGCUAAGAAACGGAAGCUCGACAAGAAAUUGGGGAAACUGAAAGCAUGGAGGAGAGUCUCCAACGCCAUUUUCGUCGUAACCUUCGCAUCAGUGCUAAUAUGCUCUGUAGUUGCAGCUGCAGUAUCGGCUCCACCGGUGCUAACCGCACUGGCGGCAGCUGCCGCCGUGCCGCUAGGCUCAAUGGGGCGGUGGCUAAACUCAAUCUGGAAGAAAUUCGGAAAGGAUUUAAAGGGGCAAAGCGAGAUAGUCGGAUCAAUCCAAAUAGGAAGCUUCUUAAUGAUCAAGGAUUUAGAGAGCAUUCGUGUGCUGGUCCAAAGAUUUCAGAUUGAGAUCGAAUCAUUGUUGAUGAAUGCAGAUUUUGCGCAGAGGGGAGACGAGGCUGUAGUGAUUGCAGUCGAGGAGAUCAAGAAGCAGGUGGAUGGAUUUGUGAGGACUAUACACAAUUUGAGCGAGCACGCCAAUAAUUGUACUCAGGAGACAAGAAUGGCGAGAACAUUGGUGUUGCGAAGGAUCAUGAGUUACCCGAAUGGCGCGAAUCAGGACAUCGGCAUGGCUUCUUUAUAGCCGCUGACGGGUAUGUUUCGAUUUCUUGAAGCUGCCAUCGAAUUUGUUAGUUAUUGCUAACUUGUUUAAAUUAUGUGUUAAAUGUAUAGUAGUGUAAAGAAAGUGCUGAUGAUGGCAUUUGGAAUUUAGACAUUGUUUCCUAAGCAAUUGGUAAGAAGAACACAGAUGACUACUUUUGUCUGUCUGUGUGAUAGAGAGUCGAAGCUAUAGAACAUACAGUAUAUUGAUCAAGAAAGAACUUUGUUCGAUUUGAUUAUGAUUCGAACAUCUUUCAUUUGAAUCAUGCUUUUGUUGCAAUAAGUUACAUUGGUGUAUCUUUGUGGACUUUCAUUA